ACAUAAUACUUUUCGAUUUUUAUUUAGAACGUUAUUGUUACCGUCUGAAUUUCAAUGAUUGAGAAAUUUUAUAUCGUUGAUCGAUAAUAUCAAUACUCUUCAAUUAUCUGUGGACCGUCAAAGUCGCAUUGUGACCUUCGACAUUUACCCAGUCGAUAGUCUUUAAUAAUAUUUCAUCAAUGUACGUAGAAGAUAGAAAGUGGCAUGAUGAAUAGGUUAAGUUUGAUUCUUCAAAAAUUUGAACAAGCGAUUCAAAUAAUUUUUGGUCGCGGUUUUCCUCCAGAACCACUAUGUGCAAUCGAAUGCAAUGGUUUCCUGAACGAAUCGAAACCAGCAAACCGUUUUGGUAAUUAUUCUUUGAAAGAAAUUUUCGAGAAUGGCAUUCUGUGGGCAGUUCCAAAACAGCGACGUAGUUAUGAGAGGAGACUUAAGAGAAGAUACGGAAUAAUGGAAUAUGUAUGGAAACCACCUAUUGCGAAAACUAAUAUAUUAAUAUGUCCAAAUUGUGGUCAUAAUUAUGAAGCCAAUUGUUUAUGUGGACACUGCUAUGAGAGAGUAAAGCUUGAGACUAAAAAAAUACAAGCUGCUAUUCAAGAGGAAUUGGGUCUAAGUCCAGUAGAAGAGAAUGUAAUUAUAUUAUACGAUGGAGAAAAGGAUUCUAAAUCGGAUGAAUUUUGGAAGAACCAACGAGUAAUCGAGAUGCCAAAGAAAAGACCUUCAUGGUUUCACCAAAACUUAUUGCAGCCAACAACACAAAAACCAUCAGAUGAAAAGACUAUUAAACCUACUAACCUUGCAUAAAGUAUAUUUAAAAUCAGUUUUUAAUCUUUUGUAGUUGACAAUUGAAGUAUUAUGCUCAUCAAAAUGGAUCAAUAUCUGAAAUUUUUGUAGAUUAAAAAAAUUAAAAUUUUAUUAUGUGAA